GUUCAAGAGGGGUGCCUACAAAGUGCUUUGUUAGACUCGAGAUGCUUGCCCCUUUCACUCAGUGACUGCCUUCACUUCUUAGACAUGCAACCGCACAUUUAUUAGCUCGCCGUACCGCCGCGCGAAAACGUUUCGUUGCGCUGCCGAUGGCACACUGACCUUGGACGCGCUGCACCGUCUCAACCCCACGUGUCCGCUUCGGUCCUCCAAAUCGACAAGGGAAGGAGCACUGAGCGCCACCAUGAGAUCUCUCGCGACGGUCACGUUCAUAGUCUGCAUUACAUCUGCAGCUAGCCGUGCUAUUCGAGCACCCUAUCGACCGGCCACUUUCACUACAUUGAGUCUUCUGCCCACACUGAACGUGCGCGAGCUUUCAUCGAGCAAUAUGACCUCAAAUAUCUCUACGGUUGUCGCAGCUACCGAUCUACCCAACGAUGAAUGGAGCUUGGACAGCGACGAUGAUGAUGACAACGAUGGAGGAGAAGAAGGGGACGACGAUGACGACGAGGAGACAGAGCUCACUCCAGAGCAGAAGGAGCAAAUUUGGUGCAAAGCCAAGAGUCGCGGAGUACAGCUGACCAAGGCAAUGAUGAUGCGUGAUCAGGAAGCCGCCACCUUACUCCAGUGGCCAUACACCCAAAGUCCGUGGGAUGGUGAUCUCAAGUCUGAGUUGACCAAGUGGGGCUACCAAGAAACCAACCAUGCAGACGAGCAAGUCGACGCAGCGUGUGACUUUGAAAAGACCCACGAGGUUGGCGACGCCUUCAGGGAUCUCCAUAUCGAUCCGCGUCCCGCUGGACAUGGUGGCCCAAACCAUUGUUUUUACGUCGAGCAUAUGAAUGGACCUACUGUCAUUCUUGAUGACGAUGGCGAGCUGCCAUUUGAAGAGGACCAGUACUAUCCUGCAGAUGGCAAGAAGUAUCGUGUCACACAAGGAUACGCCAAGGUUGGCGUCAACCGCAUGGACGGUCUCGUGUACUUCAUCCACCGCCAGAGCCCUGAAGAUGCCGCCGAAGAACACUGGAAACGCAGGCCUACGGGCGAUGAGUUACCAGCCUUGAGAGCUAGCUCUGACAUCGCAUGGGGCAUGUGGAACCGCGUGGCUGAAGGCUCGCAGAAGCUGAACUACUUCAUGGCUGUGCAGAUUGUCAAUACAGAGUCCCAAUACAUCAUGUCGCGCGCGAUGCAGCAGUUCAACACAGACGAGAUACCACCCUGGCCAGGCAAAGACUUUGAGUUUGCGGUCAAAGGCAAAGACCAAGAUGGCAACAUGCCCGAGUCAGAAUUGCUCCGAAUGGAAGCCGCCCUCGCGCUGCUAGGUGCGUUGCACAAUCACACCCACUCUUUAGCACCAAUCUGACAUCCUCAGGCUCCUCAAACGGUCUCGGCGCCGCAUACUUCCUCAUCCAGCACCGCCGCCAGCUGGGCUGGAAGUACAUCUGGAAAGUUAGGAUCUGGAU